AUGCCUGCCGAUUUCCUAGUUGGGUCUGACCUGCACCCAGCCCCAGGAAACAGUGCGAGUUCGUUCGUUCGUUAUGACUAUGAAUUCGUCAUUACUACUUAUUGGGGAGAGGGGGACGGACCUGACGUUGACUUCUUGCUCAUGGUAUAUUCUGAACAGACAAGUAAUUUACAGCGGGAGUCUGGAUCCUCUAUGCAAAAAGAGGUUGUCUCGGUUUUGGCUGCAGUGGCAGAAUUAAUUAAAGAGCGCAACGGUUCGGAGACGGAUGUUGAAUAUUUCGCAGCUCUAAUAACAACCCUCGAGGGCUCUCCUAUAAAUGAACCAUCAAGAACUGCUGCUGUAGCAUUUCUUCUGCAAUUAAUUGUCAAAAAAGUUCCCAAGGAAGUCCUUCAGUCACAGUUCACAAAAGUGGUUCAGGUACUGUAUACCAAAAUGCUCGAGAAUUCUGAGAGCAACGAAGGAUCUGCACUCAAGUACCUGCUAUCGGUUCUGGGAGUUGUCUUACGUGCCCAACCUGCUGGGGUUUGGAAUGUCGCCAACACCAAGAACAUGGUGGUGUCUGUUGCAGCUCUGAGCGCUCAUGAAAAGCCUUGGGUGCGGACAAUGGCGCGCCGUGUUGUUAGAGCCGUGCUAACUGAUCCGAUAACUGCGAUGGAAAAUGGCCUUCAUGCUGCAUCUUCCAGCGUUGGAAUGUUUAUACAACAACAGUUACAAUCAGCACUUGGUAAGUUAGUAGAAUAUGUAUCAUCCUUGUUUUCACGGAAUUUGUUAGAAGGAAAUAAUCAAGCAUAA